UUCUCAAACACACACUUGACUCAAAACAUAGAUUGUUUGCAUUCUGUAAUGUGGCUGAAGAAACACUAUGGCGAAUCUAUCCGCUGUGUUCACUGAGAAGGAAAGGACGAACUGGCUGAAGACUUGGCUUGCAGUUGAUAUUGCAAAAUCUGGUUUAGAACAGUUUGUGGAAAACGAGGCUAAAACUAUACACACCAAUAUAUUCAACAAUGUCUGGUCAAUUAAUUCUUCGCAAGCCACAUGUUCAGUGUGUCAAACUGCAAACUUGCUGAAAUGCCCAACACAAGGCGUAUGCAAUAAACAUGGAGCACACAGUACAUGCACAUCUAUGCAUGAUAACGCGGCCAAACAACCACGGCCAUGUCCUGCUAAUGUUUGUAAUCAAGUCCAAGACGAAAUUGUUAAGAAACAUAAAUUUAAAAAACCGUCGUGGAAAAAUACAAUAGCGCAACAAUGGACAACAAAUCCAUGGCAAAUAGCCAAGGCUUAUUUUCCCCCAGACGGAUAUGCCGGACAGUGUUCGGUUCAAGAAACAGACUUCAACGGCAUCAUCAGUUUUAUGAUGAACUGCAAACACUUUGACAACAAGUUUUCUUUUCCAAUUGCUGCCGGAAAACCCAAUACCCCGUGUCUCCUGACUAAAGCGCGAGAAAUCGGCAGAACUGUCCGUCAUUCGUCCCAGUGUAAAGUUACAGACCCAGAUCUUCAGGACAUCUUCACAACACUCACUGACCUUCUGAGUGACGCAACGUGUCUCACGCAUGACGUCACUUCACAGGAGGCUGUGAAGAAACUAGCAGAGCUGCAAAAGGACACAUUAAAGAUAACCACGCAGGAAAUGAUUGAUUUACUAAAGGCUGCUCAAGAUACACUUAAGAAAGUUCAGAAUAUAGCUGAUCAUUCUCUGGAUGAGAUGCAGAUGUUUCUUGAACAGUGUAAAAGGGAUCUAAAUACACACACGGGCAAUUGUAAACAGGUACUUGAUGACCAUACUGCGAAAUGUAAAAAGGCUAUUGAUGAUCAUGUAAGCAUAACUGUGGAAUCGACCUAUGAGCAAACCUGUAAAGAUUUUCGCGGACAUUUAAUUGAGUUCUAUACAGCGGAGAUAAAUACCGUGUCUGUGUCGCCGCUAUGGGAGGGUCUUGACAAACCCAUAUUUGAUAUUUUUGUUCAACCGAAAUUAAGUCUUUACAACAUUGAGAAAGAUGGAUCUCGAACAAAAACAAACAAAGCGAUUAACCAAUACAAGGACUUCUUUUACAGUGAUAAAAAGCUCAAACGUGUGUUUGUUCAAGGAGAUCCCGGAAUAGGAAAGUCUACAUUCCUAACUAAACUUGUGCUUGACUGGUGCAACGCAGUAUCUGUGCAUAAUUCUGAUAACAAGGCCACAUUUAGUGAUGCUGAUACGUUGAAGGACUUUCAAUUUCUGUUUCACAUUUCACUACGAGAUGCAAUUGGUCAGCGUGAUGUUAUAGAAAUGAUUAAAGCACAUAUAAUCGACAACAUUUACACGGGUGAUAAGCAAACAAAGGCAUUUGAGCUACUACACCAAAUCCUUGAACGAGAGACCUGCCUCGUUACUAUGGAUGGACUGAACGAGUGGGCUGAUCAUUUGAAUCAGUACGUUGUACCUAGAAUUCCAAGCUCUCAUACAAACUGCGUAUCGAUAAUAACAACACGACCGUGGAAAAUGGCGGACGAGCGGAUCAAAGUUUCUGUAAUUGACAGACUGCUAGAAAUUGAAGGGAUAGCAGAUUCAGAACAGCUAAUUAAGCAAAUAAUACUCAGUCUUCAGACUGGUAACAACAGGACAUUCAAUGAAUUCAUGACGUUCGUUAACGAACGUCACUUUAUGCAUUUUCUUACGUCGCCAUGGCUACAGGCGUUGAUAGUUAAUGUAUGGAUGAGCAAAACGGAUGUUAGGGGUUCAUUGUGUGAAAUGAAUUGUGUUCUACUAGACCUACUUUUCAAGAAGGCCGAUGCGACAGAGGGAUCUUUUAAAAACGGAUGCUCUAUUGAGUGUUUAUCAAGUACGAGAUACAUAAAGAAACAAUUGAGUAUAUUUAAUGCGCUUGCAAAUGCUGCGUUUCAAUUAACAUUUUCAUCGAACAAAUCUCUUACGUUUAGUGAACAGGAAUUAAGGAAAUAUUUAUCUAAAACACAUUUGCAAUUUUGCCUCAAGGCUGGUGUCUUAACAGCAAGGUUCAUUUCCGUAAACGUUACACAGGGUCUCCAAUUUUCAUUUACGCACGAGACAGUCCAAGAGUUUCUGGCAGCAUUUCAUAUCGCAAAUUCAAAGCAUGUCCUGCUAGCAAAUUUCAAACCUGAACAUAAAUAUAAUGUUUUAGAAAUGAGCCAGACGGUUAUUUAUCUGUAUGGACUUCACUGCGAGACAGGUAAUAAACUACUCAACCGUUUAGUAGACGGUGAUUUCCUCAGUGACAUAAGCAACGGACUAAGCUUCUACAUAAAGCUAUAUAGGGAUAAAUCAGCAUUUCAGAGAGACAAAUACACUAAAGAAACCGUUCUAAAAUCAAAUCCUAAUCAGAUGAAUUGCGAUGCACGUUGUCUUGCAAUAUCAGUCUUGUUCCAGCAGAUGGUUAUAGCUGUUUUAAAUGAGGCCAAAAUCAGCGGUCAGAAGGAAAUCUUUUUAAAAUGUAUGGAUUUCACAUUCAAUGAAUAUCUUCAUGAUUCGGAUUCAAAGACAUUAAAGCAACUGCUAAUUUUAAACAAGUCAAAUGUUCGGUCACUUAUUUUGGAAAGCAACGUUUUAGAAGAAAGUGAAUUACUGUCAAUCAUGCAACAGUCAAAAAAUAGUCUUGAACGUUUAAAGACUACAGUGACCUCGGAAAUUUAUAAAGCCUUACAUAAUUUGAAAAUAAAGGAGCUGCAUUUUAUCGGACAAAUCGAAGAAUCAUCGUUGUCCAAUGUUCUUCCGUCGUUGUCUAACUUAAUAUAUUUGUCCAUAGAAGAUUCAAAUCUUUUGGAACGAACACUUCUACCUGGUACAAUACAAGAUAUUGGUUUGCUAAAUUGUACUUGUACGGCCGUGUUUCUUCGUCGCCUACUAGUGUAUUUAUCAUCAUUAAAACAUGAUGUGCAAUUGUAUUUUGAAGCUGUGACUGUUACGGAUUCCAAUACACAAAUAUGCCAGUCAGAAGAAUUGUUGUGCGAUAUGAAAAAUAUCCACCUAGAUAUUGAGCAAGGCAAUAAUUACCUAUAUGACACACUACGAUGUACACAGAUCGGAGAACUGGGCCUGCUUACUUCUAAUGAUGUCUCAUUAGCGUCAACGAUUCUGUUCACUCUCAAGAAAUUGACAAAACUUUAUUUGUGGGAUACUCAUAGUGAGCGAUGUACUUUACAACUGCCUGCUACAUUACAAUGCAUUUCAUUGCAGAAAGUUAAAUGUUCAGCUGAGUGGCUGUGCAGCUUGUUGAUUGCGCUUUCUUCAUUAGAUCAUUCUGUAAAGUGUGAGCUGUGGGAUGUUGUAUUGCAGCCAUGUGCAGAUGAGUGUGGAGACGAUUCUCAAGCACGGAUAUCUGAUUUGCGGUCUGAAAUACCGUUACAUGACAUGUCUGAAAUUGAGGUAUUGGUGAAAAAUGGCAGUGUUGAACUGUUUGAAAUAUUUCGAGGUACAAAUAUAGGAAUCUUGAAUCUGAAAACAGCUGAGUGUGCAUCUUUAGCAUCAAAGAUUCUGUAUACUCUCAAGAAAUUGACAAAACUUUAUUUGUGGGGUACUUAUAGUGAGCGAUGUACUUUACAACUGCCUGCUACAUUACAAUGCAUUUCAUUGCAGGUAGUUGAAUGUUCAGCUGAGUGGCUGUGCAGCUUGUUGAUUGCGCUUUCUUCAUUAGAUCAUUCUGUAGAGUGUGAGCUGUGGGAUGUUGUAUUGCAGCCAUGUGCAGAAGAGUGUGGAGACGAUUCCCAAGCACGGAUAUCUGAUUCGCGGUCUGAAAUACCGUUACAUGACAUGUCUGAAAUUGAGGUAUUGGUGAAAAAUGGCAGUGUUGAACUGUUUGAAAUAUUUCGAGGUACAAAUAUAGGAAUCUUGAAUCUGAAAACAGCUGAGUGUGCAUCUUUAGCAUCAAAGAUUCUGUAUACUCUCAAGAAAUUGACAAAACUUUAUUUGUGGGGUACUUAUAGUGAGCGAUGUACUUUACAACUGCCUGCUACAUUACAAUGCAUUUCAUUGCAGGUAGUUGAAUGUUCAGCUGAGUGGCUGUGCAGCUUGUUGAUUGCGCUUUCUUCAUUAGAUCAUUCUGUAGAGUGUGAGCUGUGGGAUGUUGUAUUGCAGCCAUGUGCAGAAGAGUGUGGAGACGAUUCCCAAGCACGGAUAUCUGAUUCGCGGUCUGAAAUACCGUUACAUGACAUGUCUGAAAUUGAGGUAUUGGUGAAAAAUGGCAGUGUUGAACUGUUUGAAAUAUUUCGAGGUACAGAUAUAGGAAUCUUGAAGCUGAAAACAGCCGAGUGUGCAUCUUUAGCAUCAAAGAUUCUGUAUACUCUCAAGAAAUUGACAAAACUUUAUUUGUGGGGUACUUAUAGUGAGCGAUGUACUUUACAACUGCCUGCGACAUUACAAUGCAUAUCAUUGCAGGAAGUUGAAUGUUCAGCUGAGUGGCUGUGCAGCUUGUUGAUUGCGCUUUCUUCAUUAGAUCAUUCUGUAAAGUGUAAGCUGUAUGAUGUUGUAUUGCAGCCAUGUGCAGAAGAGUGUGGAGACGAUUCCCAAGCACGGAUAUCUGAUUCGCGGUCUGAAAUACCGUUACAUGAUAUGUCUGAAAUUGAGCUAUUUGUGAAAAAUGGCAGUGUUGAACUAUUCGAAAUAUUUCGAGGUACAGAUAUAGGAAUCUUGAAGCUGAAAACAGCCGAGUGUGCAUCUUUAGCAUCAAAGAUUCUGUAUACUCUCAAGAAAUUGACAAAACUUUAUUUGUGGGGUACUUAUAGUGAGCGAUGUACUUUACAACUGCCUGCGACAUUACAAUGCAUAUCAUUGCAGGAAGUUGAAUGUUCAGCUGAGUGGCUGUGCAGCUUGUUGAUUGCGCUUUCUUCAUUAGAUCAUUCUGUAAAGUGUGAGCUGUGGGAUGUUGUAUUGCAGCCAUGUGCAGAUGAGUGUGGAGACGAUUCCCAAACACAUGUAUCUGAUUUGCGAUCUGAAAUGGUGUCACUUGAUAUGUCUCAAACUAAAAUAUUGGUAAAAAAUGGCAGUAGUGAACUGUUUGAAAUCUUUAGAGGUACAAAUAUAGGAAUACUGACGCUAAAAUCGGCCGAUUGUGAAUAAUUAUCAUCACAGAUUCUGCAUACUCUGAAGAAAUUGACAAAGCUUGUUUUGUGGGGGACUUAUAGUGGGCGAUGCACUUUACAGCUGCCUGAUACAUUACAAUGCAUAUUAUUGCAGGAAGUUGAAUGUUCAGCUGAGUGGCUGUGCAGCUUGUUGACAGAGCUUUCUUCAUUAGAUCAUUUUGUAGAGUGUGGGCUUUGGGAUGUUGUAUUGCAGCCAUGUUAAUUCUCUUGUGGAGACGAUUCAAAAACACUAAUAUCUUAUUUGCGAUGAGAAAUGCUGUCAUUUGAUAUGUCCAACAUGACAAUUUUUGUACAAAAUGGCAUUGUUGAACUGUUUGAAAUCUUACGUGAUACAAAUAUAGGGACUUUGAAUCUGUUUACGGCAGAUUGCGUCUCAUUAGCAUCAAAGAUUAUGUACACUCUCAAGAAAGUAAAAAAGCUUAUUUUGUGGGGGACUUUUAGUGAGCGAUGCACUUUACAGCUGCCUGCUACAUUACAAUUAAUGCCAUUGGAUAAAGUUGAAUGUUCAGCUGAUAGGCUGUGCAGCUUGUUGAUUGCGCUGUCUUUGUUAGAUUAAUCAGUAGGUUGUCAUUAUUUGGAUGUUGUAUUGCAGCCUUGGGAAUAUUCAUCCGGAGGAGAUUCCCAAACACAUGUAUCUGAUUUGCGAUAUAAAAUGAUGUCACUUGAUAUGACACAUAUGACAAUUGAUGUGGAAAAUGGCAGUGUUGAACUGUUUGAAAUAUUGCGUGAUACCAGUAUAGGGAUCCUGGUACUGAGAACGGCAGAUUGUGCCUCAUCUGCGUCAAGGAUUAUGUGUACUCUUUAGAAAUUGACAAAGCUUUUUUUGUGGGGGACUUACAGUGAGCGAUGUACUGUACAGCUGUCUAAGACAUUGGAAUGCAUAUCAUUGCAGAAAGUUGAAUGUUCAGCUGAGUGGCUCUGCAGCUUGUUUAUUGCGCUUUCUUCAUUAGAACAUUCUGUACAGUGUGAGAUGUAUGAUGUUGUAUUGCAGUCAUUUGAAUACUCUUGCGGAGGAGAAUCCCAAACACAUGUAUCUGAUUUGCGAUCUGAAAUACUGGCACUUGAUAUGACACACAUGACAAUUUUGGUGGAAACUGGAAGUGUUGAACUGUUUGAAAUAUUGCGUGAUACAAGUAUAAGGAUCCUGGACCUGAAAAAUGCAGAGUGUGCCUGAUAUGCGUCGAAGAUUCUGCACACUCUCAAGAAUUUAACAAAGCUUUAUUAGUGGGGAACUUUAAGUGGGCGUUAUACUUUACAGCUGCCUGAAACACUGCAAUGCAUAUCAUUGCAAAAAGUUGAAUGUUCAGCUUAGUGGCUCUGCAGCUUGUUGAUUGCGCUUUCUCCAUUAGACCAUUCUGUACGGUGUGAGUUGUGGGACAUUCUAUUACAGCCAUGUUCAGAAGACUAUGGAGACGAUUCUCAAACACAUAUAUCUAAUAAGCGAUCUGAAAUACUGUCACGUAACAUGUCAUAUAUUAAAAAUAUUGUUUAAAAUGAAAGUGCUGAACUGUUUGAGUUAGUUCGUGGUUCAACAAUUGGGAUCCUGGACCUGAAAACAGCCGACUGUUCAUCAUCAGCAUUAAAGAUUUUCUACACGCUCAGGCAGUGAACAGGGCUCAAGUUUUGUGUGUGAUUUGGGCACUUGACCACUGCCUGCUUAAUUGCACAGCUUGUCGACUACGCUUGCUGUGGCAAAGAUUCCCAUACAUUCUGAAUUGCGAUCUUAUACAUUGUCACUUGUUAUGUCCAAAAUAAAGAUAUCGAUGGAAAUUGGCAGUGUUUAACUCUUUCAAAUCUAUCCUAAAGGAGUAUAGGGAUAUUGAGCCUAAAACGGCCGAUUGAGUCUCAAUAGCAUCAUGCAUCCUCUAAAUGAUCAACGUGCUAAUAAAGUAAAUUGUGCGGAGGUAUUAUAUUAAUCAAUUUACUGCACAGCUGUCUGCUGGUAACAAGUACACACUCCUAAAGUCCUUGGAUAAAUUUAAUAUCAUAUUUGUAACAUACAUACAAAAAGUUGUGGUGCGUUAUGUACUUGUAUCUAUGUAUUUAUGCUUAACAACAACAUGUCUGCAAGAACCGUGUUGAUAUCUCAAACAUUAGCUUUCUUUAUGUGUUGCGCGUGUAAAAUUGUUAUGUCUGUUUUGUUAAUAUGUCCUUUACAAAACAUUCUGUAAAUUAUGAUAUAUAUAUACAGUUUAUAGUUUGUUCAGUUUUGUUUGUAUACAUGUUUGUAGAAAUUUAGAAAAUAUUGUUCAUCUAAAUUUAUACAGAUAUCACAA